AUGUCAUCAUGGCUCACAGACAUUGCUUCGUCUCAUAAAGUGCAGCUUGGUCUCACUGCAGUAGUAUCGGGUUUUCUUGCGGCGAGCGCCGUGGUGGGAUUGCAAGAAGCAAGAAGACGAUAUGACAUUCACGAUCUGAAGGACUCGAUACCAGAUGUGGAUGCACCUCAUGAUGUGGAGCGAAUAAAUGAUUUCGGGGGCGCUGUUCCUGAGGAGGCGGUCGAGCACCGAGAUGAUGAAAGAAGCGCGGCACUUGCAAGGAGAGCGCGACUGGGAGACUACGAUGAAGCCCUUAUCCUAGAACAACUCGCAAGAAAUCGGGUCUUYCUCGAAGACGAAGGACUGGCGAGACUUCGAAAAGCUUUUAUCAUUGUCGUCGGUUGUGGAGGCGUAGGCUCACAUGCAGCUGCCGCGCUCGCACGCUCAGGAUGUGGACGUCUUCGUCUUAUCGAUUUCGAUCAAGUCACUCUAAGCUCCCUCAAUCGCCAUGCGGUCGCUACCUUGGCAGAUGUGGGCACUCCAAAGGUGAAGUGUCUCGAGAGACGACUAGAGCAGGUUGUACCAUGGACGCACUUCGACUCCCGGAACGAACUUUUUGGCGAAUCUACUGCUACCGUCCAGCUGCAGCCUUGGAAAGAUGGACAACAUCCAACUUAUGUGAUCGAUGCCAUUGACAAUAUCGAAUCAAAGGUCGCGUUGUUGCAUUACUGUGCCACGAAUGGCAUUCCCGUCAUCUCUUCCAUGGGUGCAGGCUGCAAAUCCGACCCUACUAGGGUCUUUAUUGGCGACAUAUCAGCAUCCACCGACGAUCCCCUUUCAAGAAGCACCAGGCGCAAGCUGCGAAUGCGCGGCGUCAAAGACGGCAUUCCAGUAGUUUAUUCUUCGGAGAAAACCGGACCCGGAAAAGCGCAGCUUCUUCCUCUUCCCGAAGAUGAGUUCAAGAAGGGAUCAGUAGGCGAGUUGGGAGUCUUGCCCGAUUUCCGCGUCCGCAUUUUACCUGUCCUCGGAACCAUGCCAGCAGUAUUUGGACUUUGUGUGGCGAAUCACAUCAUGCUCGAAAUCUCCAGGUACCCACACGAGUACAUUGUGAGCAAAGCGAGAGAGAAGAUGUACGAUGGGAUCCUGGGCCACCUCCAAGGACUGGAAGAGCGGACCGCAAGGCACCAAGGUCACGAUCCGAUCGGCUUGCGCCUUCCCGUUACAAUCGACGAUGUGGGAUACUUGAUCGAAGAGGUCUUUCGUGGUCGUAGCGUGGUCUCGGGCUUAGCGAGCAGGCUUGCGUUGACAAGAUGGCGGAAACCAGAGGGUGAUUGGAUUGACACCAGUACGGCUGGACAGAAGGCCGAUAAGUUGGAGCUAGACGCCCUUGUGUGUUUGACCAAGGACGAGGUUGCCAAGCAUGAAAAGUUGGUCCUCAAAGAAGGGCGUUCGCCAGAGGAGGUCUACGAUAAAGAGGUCAUUGCGUUGGUGGAGAGACGCAUGAGAGAGGAACGAGUAUAUCGAGCUCAGAGAUAG